AUGAUCAAAACAGAAUUGAUUGAUUCAAAGAAUUACCUCCCCACAAAUGCUAUUAAAGACAUUUUAGAUAUCAUUCCGUAUAAUAAUCGCUAUACAAAGUCAUAUUUAUUUCUUGCCAAACUCAUUUCUGAUGAUUACCAUGUCACAGAGGUCAGAAGUAUUGAACCUAUUUCAAACUUACUGUUUUAUAAAGAAUAUGGGAUUAAAUUAGACAAAUCUGCCGAUUUUAAAGAAGUUAAUUCCGAAAAACUCGAAAUUCAUACAGAAAAUACAAUUUACAGAGCAAUUAUGUAUAAUGACUUAGAAACAUUCGUUGCAUUCACUGAAAGAGAUGGAUUUGAUAAAAAUCAAGUACUUAAAUGCGAUUUAUACCCAUCUCCUUACAAAAGAUAUUCAUUACUUGAAUUAUGUUGUUACCAUGGAGCUGUUGAUUGUUUCAAGUUUUUAAGAACAAAAUUCAGCUCAGAAAUAACUGAAAAAUGUCUAGAAUUUUCAUUUUUAGGAAGAAACAAUGAGAUCAUGAGUGAAUGUUUGAAAUAUCAAAAACCAAAUUAUAAAUGCAUGGAAUAUGCAAUUAUUUCACACAACAUUGAUUUUGUUACAUUCUUGAUGAAUGAAUACAAUUUAGAGAUCGAUUUAAUUGAUUGCGGAAAUUACAAAAAUAUUGAAUCAUUUUUAGUUUAUUUCGAUCAAACUAAUGAUAUAAAAAAAUGUUUCAUUUAUUCAGUGAUUUUAAAUAUUCUAUCCUUUUUGGAAUACUUCCUUUCACUUGGUGCGAAUAUCAAUGAAAAAGUUGAACAAGGAAGAACCGCACUUCAUUAUGCAGCAAUGAAAAAUAAAAAAGAAACUGCUGAAGUUCUUAUUUUACAUGGUGCGAACAUCAAUGAAAAAGAUGAAUAUGGACAAACAGCACUUCAUUAUGCAGCAAUGAAAAAUAAAAAAGAAACUGCUGAAUUUCUUAUUUUACAUGGUGCGAAUAUCAAUGAAAAAGAUAAACAUGGACAAACAGCACUUCAUAUUGCAGCAGAAUAUAAUAGUAAAGAAACUGCUGAGUUUCUUAUUUCACUUGGUGCGAAUAUCAAUGAAAAAGAUGAACAUGGAAGAAACGCACUUCAUCAUGCAGCAAUGAAUAAUAAAAAAGAAACUGCUGAAUUUCUUAUUUCACUUGGUGCAAACAUCAAUGAAAAAGAUGAAUAUGGAAAAACCGCACUUCAUUAUGCAGCACGGAAUAAUAAUAAAGAAACUGCUGAAUUUCUUAUUUCACUUGGUGCGAACAUCAAUGAAAAAGAUGAACAUGGAAGAACCGCACUUUACUUUGCAGCAUGGAAUAAUAGUAAAGAAACUGCUGAAGUUCUUAUUUUACAUGGUGCAAAUGUCAAUGAAAAAGCUGAAUAUGGACAAACAGCACUUCAUAUUGCAGCAGAAUAUAAUAAAAAAGAAACUGCUGAAUUUCUUAUUUUACAUGGUGCGAAUAUCAAUGAAAAAAAUGAUUAUGGCGAUACAGCACUUCAUUAUGCAGCAGAAUUUAAUAAUAAUGAAACUGCUGAAUUUCUUAUUUUACAUGGUGCGAAUAUCAAUGAAAAAAAUGAUGAUGGCAAAACAGCACUUCGUAUUGCAAUGGAUUAUAAUAAAGAAGAAACUGCUGAAGUUCUUAUUUUACAUGGUGCCAAAGAAUAA